AUGGAAUAUGAACCAUAUCUCAUCUUACAUCUUGAUAGACAGAGGGCGUUCCGGGCCUUCGAAUUCGGGAAUGCUCAUCACGGACAGGGCCCCGAUUCGGAUCGUGACAGUUUGCUUUUGGAAGUUUCCCUCCAAUGUAAGCAAAACAAGCAAUGGAGUUGGAUUGUUUGGAUGAAGAGGAUAGCCGAGAUGAGAGAGGUUGCAAAGAUUGUGAGAUUUGGAUCAGUGACACCAAUUUCCGGAGCAGAUUUUGUGCUGGAGGUUUCCCAAGCUCCAGAAGACGUAUGGGUGGUUGUGCUUUUGUAUAAGGAUGGGUACUCAGACUGCCAGAUACUUUUGCAGUGCUUAGAUGAAUUGGUCACAAAAUACCCUGCAACAAAAUUUGUCAAAAUUAUCUCUACCGAUUGCAUUCAGAACUAUCCAGAUUGUAAUCUUCCAACUGUUUUGGUAUACCACAAUGGUGCAUUGAAGUCGAAUUAUGUUGGAGUUCACAGCUUUGGUCGGAGAUGCACACCUGAAGGCAUUACAUUGACACUCUGCCAAUCAGAUCCUGUUCUAAACGAUGGGCGUAGCAAGAAAGAACAGUCCCGAGAAGCUGUGCUGGAAAGAGUAAGGGAAAGGUUUCUCGAGAAGGUUGUGGAAAGAGUGAGUAGUUCUGAAAUUAUGUUUGCAUCUUUUGCCGGUUUUGAUGAAAUAUGA